AAUAAGGUGUCUAUCAACCCGCGGAGCACUGAACACUCGGCACUCAGCACUGAAUACUGAGACUGGGUACCGCGCCGAAUAGAGAAUCAAUUAUUCCAAUCAUUACUUUCUUAAUAGUGGAGUUUGGACCGACCGACUGCCGCCGCCAGUUGAGAAGUCCCGCUAAGAUAACUUCAAUUCAGCAAUCAAAUAUGACCAGUGGGCAGCCCCAGCCUUCCCAACCACAGUCUCACUUCAUGCCAGAGGGCAUUCUCGCAGAGCACGACCGUCUAACCGCGUCGCAAACGCAUUCUAUCCCUAUUCACGAAUUACACACCAAAGGAAGAACGCAUACCUUCUUAACCGCCGCCGACGCAUUAAACCGACACAAUGUGCAUGAGAACCGCAUAGCACAGUUCUACGACGAUCUAUCCAACGAUUCGAAUAUUAUAUGCGAAGAACCUGCGAGCUCGAUAUCGUCCGUCCCGCCUGUCCCCCAUGGUCAGAUCCAAUUCGAGUCGCAUACUAUAGCCCCCUCUCCGCCCUUGCCGCAGCACGCGCCGGAAGAUUCCUCAUUUCCCGACGUGUCGCCAUAUUCUCCCUCGCCACUAAGUAGGAGUACCGAUCCUCUGUAUAUCGCAACCGAUGUCCAGCCUACAACCCCUGCGCGAUCCGAUAGUCUCAAUAGCAACCCUAGCAGUUUUCCAGCCUAUCGUUCGAGUCUGAAUUUGCAGCGCAAGACUUCAUCGCCAAGCCUAAAGCCCGUAUCGAGAACCCCCAGCUUCAAACAUUACUCGAGAAGCAUUGGGUCCGCAGCAAGCUCCACCUAUCCAAGCCCCGUUAUAUCUGCUAUGGGCGAUGUUACGCCACUACCAUCACCAUUAUUAGGCAGUGAUUCACCUGGUCCGUGGAAACGCCUUGGUUCUCGUCGACCAUCGCAAGCGCGGGAUCUUUUACCACCAGUCAUGCCAGACUCGGUGCUCAUAACUUCUAGUGGAGAAUCUGUAGCAUCUGCGUUGGCGCACCAAUCUAAGCGAAAGGUCUACGCCGGACUCAACGUCAGUCAUGCUGCGGAGAUCAGCAGCGGCAAAGUCGAACAUACCCGUAAUCGAAGCAUCAGCGAAUACAUACCGGAUCCUAAGGGGAUCCCUAAACGACUGAAUACUGUUUCUGGGAAGGUUAAAGGGACAGACGUGGAUGGUACCUCUGAUCCUCACCUACGCCGCGAACCACACUUAUCAGAAGCGAGGGGACUUCUACCGGUUGCCAACCCACCAACCCCUCCUCCCAGCGAAUCAUCUCAGAGUAGCGAUGGCUCUAGUUCCAAGAGAUCUCGUCAUGAAUAUUUCGAGGCUCGUGGUCGACAUGACAGAACACUCAGACGAUGGCGUGCUAUUAAGGAGCUGGGCCAGGGAACAUUUAGCCGGGUAAUGUUAGCGACAAGUCAGAUCGCUUCUGACGAAGACACCAACGAACCGGCUCAGAACGGCACGAACGGCCAGCUAUCACCAACCAAGAUUGCUCAACUAGAUCCUAAAACCUUGGUAGCCAUCAAGGUGUGCGAACAUGGACCUCGCGGAGGGGCCUCCGAAGAUCGUAUUGAGAUGAGUCUCAAACGAGAGCUAGAUAUUAUGCAGUCGAUAAAUCACCCAUCUUUAGUACACUUGAAGGCCUUCAGCAUCGAGCCAACAAGAGCGCUAUUAGUUUUAAGUUAUUGUCCGGGUGGCGACCUCUUUGAUGUUGCAACGACCUACCGAGAUGCCUUGACGCCACUACUCCUGCGAAGGAUAUUCGCCGAGUUGGUAGGCGCAGUCACGUACCUACACGAACGUCGGAUCGUUCAUCGAGAUAUUAAGCUCGAGAAUGUGUUGGUCAACAUCCCGCCGGCCGAACUCACAAAGUCGGACCAAGAUUGGGCUGUGUACCCAUAUUCCGUAACCACACUUACCGACCUAGGCUUAUCGCGGCGAGUAGCUGGCGAUGAAAAGCUGGAGACUCGGUGUGGAUCCGACGAUUAUGCAGCACCCGAGGUCAUUUUAGGACAGCCGUAUGAUGGUCGCGCUAUUGACGCCUGGUCGCUUGGCGUCUUGCUCUACGCUCUUCUCGAAUCGCGACUUCCUUUCGACCCCCCUCCUGGCGCUAGCGAUGUACAGAGGAUGCGAAGUAGGACCAGUCACAGAAUCGCUCGCGUUGAAUGGAGGUGGAUCAAGUUUGAAGGUGACGACGGUGAUCAUGAUGCGAACGAAGCGAAAUUCGAAAGCGAAGGCCUGAAGGGAGCGAUGGAUAUCACCGAAGGCCUACUAAAGCGAGCUAGGAGUCGUUGGCCCAUGGAGAAGGUAGCGGAACAUGAAUGGGUCCGCGGUGGAAUCAAGACGGAAGGAGGUAUAAAGUUCAGAGAGGAGAAGGAAGGCGAAGAAGUCUUAUGACACUCGCGAGAUUCUACCGGGCUCGCCCACAAUUAGGGAUGUGUAUCGAAAAAUACACUGGCGUUUGAUAUAUUCUUCAGCUCGAUUUUCUAUGGGUGUAGGGUCCAGUCCGGUUCACCGCGGGGGGGUAUCACCUC